GUCACGUUUCUUCAAAUGACAGGGCCGGCCGGGACUGGGAAGACAGAGUCGGUCAAAGCUCUUGGCCAUCAACUUGGACGCUUUGUUUUAGUUUUCAACUGCGAUGAAACCUUUGAUUUCCAGGCGAUGGGGCGCAUCUUCGUGGGGCUCUGCCAGGUGGGCGCGUGGGGCUGCUUCGACGAGUUCAACCGCCUGGAGGAGCGGAUGCUGUCGGCCGUGUCGCAGCAGGUGCAGUGCAUUCAGGAGGCGCUGCGCGAGCACUCCAACCCCAGCUGUGACAAGACUUCCGCCCCCAUUACUUGUGAGCUGCUCAACAAGCAAGUGAAGGUGAGCCCAGACAUGGCCAUCUUCAUCACCAUGAACCCUGGCUACGCAGGCAGGUCCAACCUUCCCGACAACCUCAAGAAGCUAUUCCGGAGCUUGGCCAUGACCAAGCCUGACCGGCAGCUCAUCGCCCAGGUCAUGCUGUACUCGCAGGGCUUCCGCACUGCUGAGGUCCUCGCCAACAAAAUCGUCCCAUUCUUCAAACUAUGUGAUGAGCAGCUCUCUUCUCAAAGCCAUUAUGACUUUGGUCUCCGAGCUUUGAAGAGUGUGCUGGUAAGUGCAGGAAAUGUGAAGAGAGAGAGAAUUCAGAAGAUAAAGAGGGAGAAAGAAGAACGAGGGGAAGCAGUUGAUGAAGGAGAAAUUGCAGAAAAUUUACCUGAACAAGAGAUUCUGAUCCAGAGCGUCUGUGAGACUAUGGUGCCCAAGCUGGUGGCAGAAGACAUCCCGCUGCUCUUCAGCCUCCUGUCAGACGUGUUCCCCGGGGUCCAGUACCACCGGGGCGAAAUGACCGCGCUUCGAGAAGAGCUGAAGAAGGUGUGCCAGGAGAUGUACCUGACGUACGGAGACGGAGAAGAAGUCGGCGGGAUGUGGGUUGAGAAGGUCCUCCAGCUCUAUCAGAUCACCCAGAUCAACCAUGGCCUGAUGAUGGUGGGGCCCUCGGGAAGCGGGAAGAGCAUGGCUUGGCGCGUGCUCCUAAAGGCUUUGGAGAGGCUUGAGGGUGUAGAGGGCGUGGCCCACAUCAUUGACCCCAAGGCCAUCAGCAAAGACCACCUUUAUGGAACCCUGGACCCCAACACCAGGGAAUGGACGGAUGGGCUGUUCACACACGUCCUCAGAAAGAUCAUAGACAACGUGAGGGGUGAGCUACAGAAGCGCCAGUGGAUUGUGUUCGACGGUGACGUGGACCCCGAGUGGGUGGAGAACUUGAACUCGGUGCUGGACGACAACAAGCUUCUGACUCUGCCAAAUGGCGAGCGCCUCAGCCUUCCGCCCAAUGUGCGAAUAAUGUUUGAAGUGCAGGACUUGAAAUACGCCACGCUGGCCACGGUGUCGCGCUGCGGCAUGGUCUGGUUUAGUGAGGACGUGCUCAGCACAGACAUGAUCUUCAACAACUUCCUGGCCAGGCUGCGCAGCAUCCCCCUGGACGAAGGGGAGGACGAGGCCCAGCGCCGGCGCAAGGGGAAAGAGGACGAGGGGGAGGAGGCCGCUUCCCCAAUGCUGCAGAUCCAAAGGGAUGCAGCCACAAUCAUGCAGCCAUAUUUCACCUCCAACGGCCUGGUCACCAAGGCCCUGGAGCAUGCCUUCAAGCUGGAGCACAUCAUGGACCUGACCCGCCUCCGCUGCCUGGGCUCGCUCUUCUCCAUGCUGCACCAGGCCUGCCGGAACGUGGCCCAGUACAACGCCAACCACCCCGACUUCCCCAUGCAGAUCGAGCAGCUGGAGCGCUACAUUCAGCGGUAUCUGGUUUAUGCCAUACUCUGGUCCUUGUCUGGAGACAGUCGGCUGAAAAUGAGAGCAGAGCUGGGUGAAUACAUCCGCAGAAUCACAACAGUGCCACUGCCCGCUGCACCCAACAUACCCAUCAUCGAUUACGAAGUGUCCAUCAGCGGAGAGUGGUCGCCGUGGCAGGCCAAGGUGCCUCAGAUUGAAGUGGAGACACACAAGGUGGCGGCCCCCGAUGUCGUCGUGCCGACUCUGGACACUGUCCGCCACGAAGCCCUCUUGUACACCUGGCUGGCUGAGCACAAGCCACUGGUCUUGUGCGGCCCCCCGGGGUCUGGCAAGACCAUGACACUCUUCAGCGCCCUCCGGGCCUUGCCUGACAUGGAGGUUGUGGGUCUUAACUUCUCGAGUGCUACUACCCCAGAGCUUCUGCUGAAGACUUUUGACCACUACUGUGAGUACAGACGCACACCUAACGGGGUCGUUUUGGCUCCUGUUCAACUUGGAAAGUGGCUGGUACUGUUCUGUGAUGAGAUCAACUUGCCGGACAUGGAUAAAUAUGGGACACAGAGGGUGAUAUCCUUCAUCAGACAGAUGGUGGAGCACGGAGGCUUUUACCGAACCUCAGAUCAAACAUGGGUGAAGCUGGAGAGAAUCCAGUUUGUCGGGGCUUGUAAUCCACCCACUGAUCCUGGAAGAAAGCCCCUCUCUCACAGAUUCUUGCGUCACGUGCCUGUUGUGUAUGUGGAUUACCCGGGACCCGCCUCCCUGACGCAGAUCUACGGCACCUUCAACCGGGCCAUGCUGAGGCUCAUCCCGUCCCUGCGCACGUACGCGGAGCCGCUCACGGCCGCGAUGGUGGAGUUCUAUACCAUGUCUCAGGAGAGAUUCACUCAGGACACACAACCCCACUAUAUCUACUCACCCCGUGAGAUGACGAGGUGGGUGCGAGGGAUCUUCGAGGCCCUGAGACCUCUGGAGACUCUGCCCGUGGAAGGCCUCAUUCGGAUUUGGGCACAUGAAGCCCUCCGUCUCUUCCAAGACAGACUCGUGGAGGACGAGGAGAGGCGCUGGACGGACGAGAACAUCGACAUGGUUGCUCUGAAGCACUUCCCCAACAUAGACAAGGAGAAGGCGAUGAGCCGGCCCAUCUUGUACAGCAACUGGUUGUCAAAGGAUUACAUCCCUGUAGACCAGGAAGAAUUGAGAGAUUACGUCAAAGCUCGGCUGAAAGUCUUCUAUGAGGAAGAACUUGAUGUCCCUCUGGUCCUAUUUAAUGAAGUGUUAGACCACGUGCUCAGGAUCGACCGAAUAUUCCGCCAGCCUCAGGGCCACUUGCUUCUGAUUGGCGUCAGUGGAGCGGGAAAAACCACCCUGUCCCGUUUUGUGGCCUGGAUGAAUGGUUUGAGCGUGUACCAGAUUAAGGUGCACAGGAAGUACACAGGGGAGGACUUUGAUGAAGAUCUUCGGACCGUGUUGAGACGUUCUGGCUGUAAGAAUGAAAAGAUUGCAUUUAUCAUGGACGAAUCCAACGUAUUAGACUCUGGAUUCCUGGAGCGAAUGAAUACGCUUCUGGCCAACGGGGAGGUUCCUGGCCUCUUCGAAGGGGACGAGUAUGCCACCCUGAUGACCCAGUGUAAAGAGGGGGCCCAGAAGGAGGGCUUGAUGCUGGACUCGCACGAGGAGCUGUACAAAUGGUUCACCAGCCAGGUCAUCCGCAACCUCCACGUUGUCUUCACCAUGAACCCGUCGUCAGAGGGGCUCAAGGACCGCGCGGCCACCUCCCCGGCACUUUUCAACAGGUGCGUGUUGAACUGGUUUGGGGACUGGUCCACGGAAGCACUGUAUCAAGUGGGCAAAGAAUUCACAAGUAAAAUGGACCUGGAGAAGCCCAAUUACGUCGUGCCCGAUUACAUGCCAGUCGUGUAUGACAAACUGCCACAGCCGCCGUCACACCGUGAGGCGAUCGUAAACAGCUGUGUGUUCGUUCAUCAGACUCUUCACCAGGCUAAUGCUCGGCUAGCAAAGCGCGGGGGCAGAACGAUGGCCAUCACGCCUCGCCACUACCUGGACUUCAUUAACCAUUACGCCAACCUGUUCCACGAGAAGCGGAGCGAGCUGGAGGAACAGCAGAUGCAUUUGAAUGUCGGGCUCAGAAAGAUCAAAGAAACGGUUGACCAGGUGGAGGAGCUGCGGCGUGACUUGAGGAUCAAGAGCCAAGAGCUGGAGGUGAAGAACGCGGCCGCCAACGACAAGCUGAAGAAGAUGGUAAAAGACCAGCAGGAGGCAGAGAAGAAGAAGGUGAUGAGCCAAGAAAUUCAGGAACAGCUGCAUAAGCAGCAGGAAGUGAUCGCAGACAAACAAAUGAGUGUCAAAGAAGAUUUGGACAAGGUGGAGCCUGCUGUCAUCGAGGCCCAGAACGCCGUGAAGUCGAUAAAGAAGCAGCACCUGGUGGAGGUGCGGUCCAUGGCCAACCCUCCCGCGGCCGUGAAGCUGGCGCUCGAGUCCAUCUGCCUCCUGCUGGGGGAGAGCACCACGGACUGGAAGCAGAUCCGCUCCAUCAUCAUGAGGGAGAACUUCAUCCCCACCAUCGUCAACUUCUCUGCGGAGGAGAUCAGCGACGCCAUCAGGGAGAAGAUGAAGAAAAACUAUAUGUCCAACCCAAGCUACAACUACGAGAUCGUGAACCGGGCGUCCCUGGCCUGCGGGCCUAUGGUGAAGUGGGCGAUCGCACAGCUUAACUACGCCGACAUGUUAAAGCGAGUGGAGCCCCUGCGCAAUGAGCUGCAGAAGCUGGAGGACGACGCCAAGGACAACCAGCAGAAGGCCAACGAGGUGGAGCAGAUGAUCCGGGACCUGGAAGCCAGCAUUGCCCGCUACAAGGAGGAGUAUGCCGUCCUCAUCUCGGAGGCCCAGGCCAUCAAAGCAGACCUGGCCGCUGUGGAGGCGAAAGUAAACCGGAGCACUGCUCUUCUGAAGAGUUUGUCUGCUGAACGUGAACGAUGGGAAAAAACAAGUGAGACUUUCAAAAACCAGAUGUCCACCAUCGCUGGGGACUGCCUCUUGUCGGCGGCGUUCAUUGCCUACGCAGGUUACUUUGACCAGCAGAUGCGUCAGAACUUGUUCACCACCUGGUCCCACCACUUACAGCAAGCCAACAUCCAGUUCCGCACAGACAUCGCGCGGACCGAGUACCUCUCCAACGCCGACGAGCGUCUUCGCUGGCAGGCCAGCUCCUUACCUGCAGACGACCUGUGCACGGAGAACGCCAUCAUGCUGAAGCGGUUCAACAGGUACAUGCUAAGUGCAGAGAGAGCAGCUUGCAAGUUCGUACGUGCAGUGGGCCCAUUUUUGUUUUUUGAAAACACAUCUUUGAGGAGCUGAAUAGAAACGUGGCAG